GAAGGACGAGCAUUUCUAUGGAGUUAUUUAUGAAUUUACCUCUGAUCUUAUGUUGGCUGAAUCUGUUUAUCUUUCAUAGCCCACAUGUGAAUGCAUCCAGGAGGCCAUGGACAACUGCUGAUAACAGUGGGGCUGGGACGAGGAGAAUCAGAGCUGUAAACAGACCGAUUCCUAUCAACUGUAAGCUGGGGCCUUGGUCUUCCUGGACUCCAUGUAAUGCCUGCACAGACAAAAAGUUCCGUUUCCGAUACUUGGAGAAGCCGUCACAGUUUGGAGGCACAGAGUGCUAUGAGACACUCUGGGAUCGACUAAUAUGUCCAACAGCGACCACACAGUGUCUGGUCCCAGAUUACUGUGGAGAGGACUUCACCUGCAAAGAAACAGGGCGCUGCAUUAGCCGGUCCCUGCGCUGUAAUGGAGAGCCAGACUGUGAGGACUUUUCUGAUGAAGAUGACUGUGAGAACCUCAACACGAGAGAUGACAAAUGUUCCACCCUCAUGCCGAUUCCUGGGGCAGAACGGGGCACUCAGGGAUACAACGCCUUGACUGGAGAAUUUGUAGAUCGAGUACUCGAUCCAAAGUACUUCGGAGGAAGGUGUGAAUACGUCUACAAUGGUGAAUGGAGGAAGUUCAUCUAUGACGCGCUUUGUGAGAACCUGCGCUACAAUGAAGAGGAAAAGAACUACAGAAAACCCUACAACUACCAUGCCUACCGUUUUGUUGCUGAAGCUAGAUCGGAGGGCUCUCAUGAAUACUAUGAGGAUAUGGUCAGUCUGCUGCAGGCGAGGAAAGAAAUGGACUCAUUCAACGCUGGUGUCACUGUUGGGGUCCAGUUCGUGGAGGUGGGACUGAGGGGGAGUCAUGAGUCUGAGUUUCUCAGGAACAUAACUCAACAUAAAAGCCAGGACCUUGGGUUUGUGAGGCUUUGGUCUAAAGUGCAAACAGCUCGUUUCAAAAUGAGGAGUGAUAAGUUGAUGCUUCAUGAAGACUUCUUCGUGUCACUCAUGGAUCUCCCUGAGCAGUAUGACUUUGGGUUAUACUCCCACUUCUUCAACACAUUUGGAACCCAUUAUGUCACUGAGGGAACCAUGGGAGGAACCCUUGAAUAUGUUAUGGUCCUCAACAAAACCUCAAUGGCGAAAUCAAAUCUGCAGGGAGAGCAAGCUGGUAGAUGCUUUGGUGGCUCUAUUGGUUUGAGCUUUCCCAUGGACAGCUAUGGAAAGGCAGAUUUCAAAGUGGGAGGUGAUUCGUGCAAAAAAGGGGGAUCGUUUGAUCGAACACAAAACUCUGAUUCAGCUGAUAUUGAGGACAUUAUAACUCUGGUGAAAGGUGGGAUUAUUGACAGAAGCGGUGGUCUGUUGGUUAUCAGAGACCCUCAAACCUACAAGAACUGGGGAGCAUCCCUCAAAUAUAACCCGACAGUCAUUGAACAUGAGACAAUGCCGAUUUAUGAGUUAGUGCGCCUCAGCACAGCCUCUGACCUUGUAGGAGCGAGACUUGCUAACAUGGAAAGGGCAUGGGAGGAGUAUCUGCAGCAGUUUGGCUCAUGCCGCUGUGCCCCCUGCAGGCACAAUGGAAUCCCUGUCCUUGCGGGCACCUCCUGUCGCUGCAUCUGCAAGUCAGGCUACCAGGGAGACGCCUGUGAAGAGACUCUGAGAAGAGAUACAAAGACAGAUGGGUCGUGGUCAUGCUGGGGGCGCUGGUCGUCUUGUGUGUCAGGGACGAAAACUCGUACCAGAACCUGCGAUAAUCCUGCACCUGAUGGAGGUGGAGCAUCCUGUCUGGGCUCCCCCUCUCAGACCCUACACUGUUAAGGCCCUCAGUGUUAAACCAGAAUGAUUUUUACAACUUUUACACUUUUCAUGAAUGAGAAAGAUAUACUAUGAUAAACUGUACACUGUAUACUUUCAAAACUGAAUAAAUGUGUCAGAACAUUA